CCCGGGCUCAGCCGGGGACCGGCUCCGCCCCCCGCGCCGCUCCCGCCGGCCCACGGCAGCCGCGUCCCCCAACGGGGAGCGGAAGAGGCGCGGCCAGCGCGGCGGCGGCCUCCAAGCGGCGGGAUGGCGGCGACGCCGCGUUCCGGGAGGUGUCGGCCUGAGGCCGUCCUGCUGCGGCUGCUGGCAGUGCUGCUGCUGGCGGGUGCGGCGGGCGCUGGGCAGCGUUCCAAAUGGCGGCUCCCAGUGUUUAUGGGGAAGAAGUUUAAUUUUGGGAAGAUUCUUUUCAGCAACACCACCAUUUUCCUGAGAUUUGAAGGGGAAGAAAAAUCUUGUGAUCCCUCUCAAAGGUACAAUGUUACUUGGUACUUAAGAUAUUCUGACUGCUACAAUGAAGUCUUCAACUUUGGGGAUGAACAGGCAGACUACUAUUUUGGGACUACGUCUGAGGAGCAUCCGGGCUGGUCAGGAUACUAUGCUACGUCUACUGUCAUCUUUCAGAAUUGCUCUGAGCUAUUCAGGCCUCAGAUUUUAUAUAAAGAAUUUGUUCAUCCAGAGCCUCUCUCACCGGAGAAACAAGAGGGCUUAAAAGGGAAGGAGAGUGGAGGCAAUGACACAAUGGUAGCAGAUAAAACUGCAAUGAAUGCUGUUAUGAAAACUUGGCGAGAUGGACCAUAUAUAUUUAUUGUGCAAAUUGGAUUUGCAACUGUGAAGGAUUCUAAUACGAAUGUUAAAAAAAUGGAAAAAACAACAACUUCCUCAGAUCAAAACAAGCCUUUCACAAUGACGGUGGAACUGAAGGGGCCAUAUGAGUAUCUCUCACUUGCAGACUAUCCUCUCAUGAUUUUUUUCAUGGUGAUGUGUAUUGUGUACGUAUUCUUUGGGGUUCUGUGGCUCGCGUGGUCUGCAUGUUACUGGCGGGAUCUCCUGAGGAUCCAGUUCUGGAUUGGUGCUGUUAUCUUCCUGGGAAUGCUCGAGAAAGCAGUCUUCUAUGCAGAGUUCCAGAAUAUCCGCUACACAGGGGAAUCUGUUCAAGGAGCAGUAAUACUGGCAGAGCUACUAUCUGCUGUGAAGCGCUCAUUGGCUCGAACUCUGGUCAUCAUAGUCAGCCUGGGAUAUGGCAUAGUCAAGCCUCGCCUUGGAGUUACUCUUCACAAAGUAGUUAUGGCUGGAGCCCUAUAUCUAUUAUUUUCUGGCAUGGAAGGUGUUCUUAGAGUCACAGGGUUUUUCUAUGACACUGUGGCUCUGAUAGCAAACUUGGCCCUGUCCAUGAUUGAUGCCUGUAUUAUUUUGUGGAUAUUCAUCAGCUUAACUCAAACAAUGAAACUGCUAAAGCUUCGAAGGAAUGUUGUGAAACUCUCUUUGUAUCGGCACUUCACCAAUACGCUCAUCUUGGCAGUAGCAGCAUCUAUUGUAUUUAUCAUCUGGACUACCAUGAAGUUCAGGCUGGUGGACUGUCAGUCGGACUGGCAGGAGCUAUGGGUGGAUGAUGCCAUCUGGCGUUUAUUGUUUUCAAUGAUCCUCUUUGUCAUCAUGAUUCUGUGGAGACCAUCUGCUAACAACCAAAGGUUUGCUUUCUCACCACUCUCUGAAGAGGAGGAUGAUGAUGAGCAGAAAGAGCCAAUGUUAAAGGAAAGCUUUGAGGGAAUGAAAAUGAGAAGUACAAAGCAAGAACCAAAUGGAAAUGUAAAAGCAAACAAAGCUCAGGAGGAUGACCUGAAGUGGGUCGAGGAGAAUGUUCCUUCAUCAGUGACAGAUGUUGCUCUUCCAGCUCUUCUGGAUUCAGAUGAGGAGAGAAUGAUUACACACUUUGAAAGGUCCAAAAUGGAAUGAAGGAGAAGCUUUUUGUUAUUGGAAGUGGAGACACCUCUUUUAAAGUUGCUUGGUGGAUCAAGUGCAUCCUGCUGAUUUGUUUCUUGAUCUCGGCCUUGGAAGUUUGAUGCUUUAUUGUCAUGAGGGCGUCUUGCUGUGGAAGAGGCUCACAAGGACAUUAUAAACCUUUUGGAAAUUUGAAUUUACAAAGUUGCUGCAAGUUUGGAUUUUUAAGCAAUUUAAAUGUGUACUAUUCCAGCACCUUCUGUAACUUUUCAAAUAUUUAAUCUGUGAAACUAAAAUUCCUAAUGUCUGCUUGAGGAGUUUAUAUUUCAAUGCUACAGUUGACAAUUAGAGGUGAACUGCCUGUACAUUUUUGGGGUGAGGGUGGGGACAGAAACAAGCACUGAAGAAACAACGGACCUGUUUUGUGGUAGAUAAUGGCUAUGCCAUGUCAUGCGUCCAACAUGAAUGAGAGGUUUUUAGAGAAGCUCCUGUUAAUGAAGAAAAUUAAAAGAUGCCAGAAAGGAAAUAUUUAGAAAAGUUACAGUGAUAUGAGUUUUUAACAAAAUCAAGUGCAAUUUUAUUCAUAACACUGUGUAAGAAAGAUUUUCUAUUUUAAAUGCCAUUGACUAUAGGUAACAGCUACAUAGAGCUAACAUGUGCUGUUGUGGCACAUCUCAUUGCUGGCAAUGUGGUGGAUGCCUGGAAAAAUUAUUUGCCCCUACCUUCCAUGUGUUGCAUGAUUUAAUUAAUAAAAAAAAAUAAAACCAGCAACAACAGCAAACAACAAAACUAACAACCACCAUUGCCAGACCCACUCCUGCAGUGCUGCACAAGUGCUUGACUACUCAUGUUAGGAGAUAUUAACCACACUUUUCAGCAGAACUUUUCUCCCUGCACAUGUAACAUCUUCCACAGAGAACUGUGAGAAGAUGACAUUGCUUUCCAGAGGGUGCAAGCACUGCUUACCUUACUUGAAGGAGUCUUUGAUGGGACUAUACCAUGCUGGGAUAAUUCUGUUCCUGGUGUCUGUUUAGAAUUGCCUCCCAUGUAGGUGAUUGAUGAUAGGCUUUCCUGUCCCAUUUGGUCCCUGUGGCCAAGAGGUACUCUGAGAUCACUGUGUUUCUUUCCAAGUUGACAAUUUCUGUUCUAUAUAAUUUCUUUUUUAUUCUCCUUUUCAAAUGAAAAAGAGCUUUUGGACAGUGUUCUGUUUUUAUUCUGUCCUUGGCUGUAGAGGCUUCACUUGCAAUAACUUACACAUGGAAACCCAUUGUGGAUGUAUGACAAAAGCUCUGAUUCGGGUUCACAACCUUACAACUGAUAAUGACCAGGCAAGCAGGACAGCUGGACUUUUGGGAGCUGAUGUGGCUGCUGCUGGAAUGGCACAGGGAGUCAGCUUUUCUGGUUUGUCACUUGUAGCUAUGUCAGCAGAAGUGAACAUGUGCCUGUACUUUGUUCAUUCCACUGUAAGGUCUGGUAGCUUGGCUCUAGUUCAUCUUUACCAGCAAUUUAUGCUGAAAUGUGGCACUUUACAGUAGAGUAGCUGAGGCACAAGUGUGUAGUAUCUUUGCUAACUGUGCCAUGGGGGCAGCAAACCCUCAGAGGAUGGGCAGAGAAAAAAAUCUGUGCCUGUAACACCUCAGUCUGCCUCUACAAGGUUGCUGAAGCUGUUCUGCCAUCUCCUUCAGGCCACACGUAGAAUUGUUAAUUAGCGAACACUCCUAAUUUGCUAUGCUUAACUGAAAUAGAUGAAACAAAGGUUACCUCCAUGUCCUUUUGGGGAGAAGAAAUUUUGUGAAAUAAAGCUACACAAAGCUAUCUAUUUAAUGGGUUUUCUUUUUGUUUGUUUGCCUUUAAUAAAGUCCUCUUGUUUUGGGUUGUUUGGGGUUUCUUGAGACAAAUAGGGGAAAAAUGUUCUCUCCUGGAAGCACAAAAGAAGUUUGUAUGUACUGUUUAAUAAAAGCUAGGCAAAGAGUAGAAA